GACGCCGCGUCGCCUGUUCGUGGCGCCUGGAUCCGACCGCUCGCACCCACACGACACACACAAGCACACUAACCACGCCGCGAACCCACCUUUAUAACGCGCCAUGGCCGACAAGAAGAGCCGCAUGGUGAUCCGCAUCCUCAUGAUCGGCGACAGCUCCGUCGGCAAGACGUCGCUCGUCGUGCGGUACGACGAGGACACGUUCAGCACCAAGUACAUGACGACGAUCGGCGUCGACUACCGGGACAAGUUCGUGACCAUCGACGACCAGAACGUCAAGCUCCAGAUCUGGGACACGGCGGGCCAGGAGCGCUUCCGGUCGCUGACGGCCAACUUCUUCGGCAAGGCCGACGGCUUCGUCGUGUGCUACGACGUCGCGAGUUCCGCGUCGUUCGACCACGUGCGGUCCUGGGUCGGCGACAUCAACCGCCACAAGCGCGGCGAGGUCGACGUGGCGCUCUGCGGCUGCAAGUGCGACGUGCCCGCGGACAAGCGCCAGGUGCCCGAGGCCGACGCGGCCGCGCUCGCGGACGAGUACGGCGUCGACCACUACGAGGCGUCCGCCAAGACGAACGUCAACGUGGCCACGGCCUUCGAGGAGCUCGCCGCGAAGAUCGUGCGACGGAAACUCCAGACCGCCGCGUCCUCCGACGCCGGCGCGCCCGGCGGCGGCGCGAACCUCGUCAUCUCGCCCGACGACGCCAAGCCCAAGAAGUGCGCCUGCGGCUAAGGGGGCGGGGCGCGCGCCCGUCUACGAUCGGAUUUUCACGUCCGGGGGAAUUUUCGCGUCCGGGGUUAGCCGCGUCCCUAGGAGACGACGC